UUGUGACGCGAUUAUUUAUAAUCUAAAUUAUAAAAAUGGAAUCAGAAACCAAUAAAAACAAAGGUCUGUCGAAAGAAGAGACGAAAGGACUACUUUCAUUGAUUGAGGGGAGCAAAAUAAUAAAUAAUAAAAAAACCAACACCACCAGUAAUAAAAUGAAGGUUGAAGAAUGGAGUAGAAUUGCCGACAUUUUCAACGCCAGUAUGGGAAUCUGUCGCCGUACUCCACAACAGCUUCGUCUUAAGUGGGAAAACUUAAAGAAAAAUUCACGUAAGCGUAGUACUGCCAUACGAAUGGCGCGGAUCAAGACUGGAGGUGGGCCACCAGAAUACUUUCUACCAGAUGAAAUCCUAGACAGGGUGGCAGCAUUGCUAGGUAGUACUGGGGAGGGUCUCAGUGUUGAGUUUGGUGGUGAUGCUGAGCCCCAAUCGUUUGGUGAUAGUGACACUGAUGGGAAAACAUUUGCAGUGCCAGUUUUGGCUGACACAUCCCCAGUACCGAUGCUAUUGAUUGACAGCCCUUUGCCUGUGGACAAUCCUCCAUCCAUGUCCGCAGAUUGUUUAAGUUACAACAUAGUAACAACUACACCCACUGGCAAUAAAAUGCCAAUUAAUGACACAGGGAAUGGGUUAUUUAAGCCAGGCAAUACUACUACCCUCAAUAAUAAGCGACAUUUUAAAUCAAGUGGUGGUAAACGGAAGCUACUAAAGCCAGAUGAUGGGUGUCUUGCUAGAAAUAUGGCUAUGGCAAAAUAUUUUGAUAGUAAGAGUAAAGUAUUAGAAACUCAGAAUGAGAAUAUUAAGCUUGUAAAUCAGAAAAUAAUAUUAGACCAGAGGAGCCGUCGGCGAUUUGGUACACACCAAAGAAUUAACGCCAUUAUAUAUCAAUAACAAAUAUAGAAAUAAUUGUCAUGACAAUGCCAAAGAAUUGAUGCCAUUAUAUAUCAAUAUAAAAUGUUGGAGAAAUAAUCUCAUAAUAUUGAUUUGAAUUUUUUAAAUUUUCAUUUUCAAAUUAAUAAUAUUUUUAG